AUGGGCAAAAUGCUCUCCUUAAGGCUUAGGACAAUACAUAUAUGUGGUGCUUCGGUUUUAAGCGAUUCUUGGGCCAUAACAGCCGCCCACUGUGUACAUGACGUUGAGCACACACCCAGAGAAGUAACCUUACGUAUGGGUAGUACAUGGAGAACACGAGAUGGUGUCAUAGUACCAGUUCAACAAAUUCACACUCAUCCCAGUUAUAAUCCGGAAACAAUGAACUUUGAUGUAUCGUUGUUGAAAGUUCGUGAGAAUACAUUCCAUCGCCCCGAUAUGUAUGUACGAUCAAUUAAAUUACCUGGACUGUCGGAAAAAAUACCAAAUCAAAGUGUAGCCAUAGUAUCUGGUUGGGGCCAUCAGAGUUCUUCCGAUCAUAAUUUGUCAUUUCAGUUGAAAUACACAAAAGUCUACACGGUCGAUCAAGCCGAAUGUCACAACAGUUUGAAAAUGCAUGGUGGCGUUACAAAUGCUAUGUUUUGUGCAGCAGCCCGCAGUACAGAUGCCUGCCAAGGUGAUAGUGGUGGACCCAUAACAAUAAAUGGUAUAUUAGUUGGUGUUGUUUCAUGGGGUGUCGGUUGUGCUGAUCCUUAUUAUCCUGGUGUUUAUACGCGUUUAGCAUAUGCCCCCAUACGUUUUUGGAUAAAACUAAUAACAAAGUUAUAA